UAUUUACAUUUAAACUUUUGGUCUCCAUGGAUUUUUAGUACUUCACUUUUAGUAGCUUUGUCAAACACAACACAUCUUUGUUGUGCACAAAAAGGUCCAAAUUUUACGACAAUACGCAAAAAUUUUAGUGUCUAAAUGCUCAAACCUCAUAUGGAUUCUAAAAAGAAACAUGUUGUCAUUGUUGACAAAAUGUUACCACCAAAUAAUGUGACUUUCAUAUCAGAGAUCAAAUUAAAUGAACCGCAUGAAGUGAGUGUCGUGAACAAAGAACACAAAAAAAUGUCAAUGGUCAUUGGACACAAAGGUCCUAAGUCUCCACAAAGCACCAAGGAUGCUGUUAUAAAGGCAGCUAUUAGACACGAAAAAGAUUCGAGUAGACGACCCGACGAUCAUCCACCAAAAAAAAGUGUCAGUCAUGGACCUUCCAAAGACCACCAUCCUGUUCAUCAUCAUAAGAGGAGGCACACCAAGCAUCAUGAAAUACCAGUUCAUCCGAAACCCACAUGGGAUAAAACUGACUGUGAGGAGUCGUGUUCAUGUAACGCUGAAUGUUCAGAUUGUGAUCAUAGAAGGGAUAAAAAAGAAAGGUCAAGUAGACAAGACAAAAGGGUAGAUCACACCAGAAUUAGAAGGAUACCUCGUACCAAAUCUGAUCAGUCUCAUGAUUCCCGUCCAGUUCCUUCUUACAGUACUCCGAGACCACCAAAGACUCUUCGCAAAACUAAGAGAAAAUCGACACUGAAAGAUUCCGUGAUGUCUAACGAAGACUCCUUGUCAUCAAACGAAGAUGAUGAAGAUUACUCAGAAAUGGAGUCGUGUCCUUCAGAACGGGAUGUGGAUGAAGAAACUUCGACCAAUUCCAGCGAGAUUGUCCCACUAAAGGUUGAAAAAGGGUUCCAGCCGAAAAUGAUACAACCUCUACCUUCCCAGCGCUUCAAUAUCCCAAGGAAUUGCAAAUGUGGGUAUUCGAGAAAAUAUGAGCCAGAACCUCAUAGAUUCCGCAUUUGUUGUUGUCCUGAAACUGCUCGGAUACAGGCUGAACUUAGAGAGUGGAAGUCAAAAGUCACUCUUUUGGAAAAAGAGUUGUCCAGCCAGAAAGGGAGUGUUAGAAAAUUUACGACUCAGCUUUUCACAUUAACAAACAGCCUGCAGGCAAUAAACCGUUUUAAAGACACAAUGGAUCUCAAUUUGAGCACUUUACUGUUUAUCGCCACUCGAAGAGGUGAAAUACAAGAAUUCUACGAACCUGAUCUUGUUGGUCCAAUUUUCAAGAGGAUAAGUGAUGAACUGAUGACAUAUCUGACUAAGCAUGCUACGUUAGAACCGAACCCUCCGAAUUCGGAUGAACACGAUAAAACGUGUUUGUUGCUGACUUUGGCUGCGAACAUCCUAGCGGCCAAAAAGACGUGGGAGUUUUUUACCUCGGAGUCAGCUAUGGUGGACUUGCUACACAAUAUGUUCAUAGCCCUUGAUAUGAUACAAAAUGUCCCAUCUUUACAGAAACUGGAACUUAUUCUCAUGAAAAUAAUGUAUAGCUUGACCAUCCACGUUGAAACUUAUAUGCUCGUACAACAGCAAAAACCAAUCCUAAAAUGUAUCUGUAAAUAUAUACGAAUGGAUCAUCACCACUUUAAAAGGUAUUUUGGACUUCAAUUUGCUGAAAGGGUGACAAGGUACAUUCGCGAUAAAGAGACAUACUCACUAAUAAUUAAAACGUUACCCAUGCGCGUAAUUGAUUUUUAUUCAGACCUUGAGCCAAAUCAAGACGCUACUGAUGUACAGAUAGUUUCCGAAAGCAUAAUCAAACAAGUAGAGAAAAACUAUUUGAAACUAUUCCCCCAAGCCACUGUACAAUCAUAUAAAGCGCAUAUUUGCUAUCCCUUUUCGUGCCCUUUAGUAAAAGAACAGCCGAUUUAUUUACGUGAUAAGGUCAAUCAUUCUUCAUUUCCUGGCUUAGACGACCAAUUAAAAAACAAGAGGGAACGAGAAGAUGCGUCUUAUUUUAGAAGUAUAGCAGACAAACAUGACGAACUUGUGGCUGCGAAAGCGGAUCUAGCAGCUAGAGGAAAAGUAAUAGGAAGAAGUGAGGCUCAGAAUCAGAAAAAAAGUUUCACUUUAAGCGAUCCUUCAGAGUUAAAACAGAAAUUAUGUUCAAACAAUGCUAAAAUUGUCAGAAUUCAGGAUCAGAUGUCUGUCAUGGACAAAUACAGCUUCAAUGGUGGUAGUGUGCGCAAUGAAAUCCCAGAUGAAUACCGGCGUCGGGCAACUUCGUUACAAUCAAAAAUUGUAUAUGUCACCGAUCGAUUUGAACCAGUAUUAACGAUACCAAGAAGUGUCACCGAUGAGUAUUUUAGCAGCGGCGGACUAAGGCAAAGUAGUGGGAAUUUCGUUUUCUUAUACAAGAGUAAUGUCGCCAAUGCCGCUAGCCAAGACUUAGUACUUAUACCUUAUCAAAAACAAAGUAACGCUGAUGAAUAUAGUUCCUCGUUAUAAAUAACACUCCAUAAAGAAAGAAUCGGUUUUCGUCAUUCAUAAUAAUAUGCAAUUUGGAUCUACACUAUAGUAUUGCCAAGCAUUCAAUAAAUCCACUUUCUCAUAU